UUGUGGAAAACGAUCGAAGACCGUUCAGCUUGUAAAUGCAAUCGCUUCCACAUUGGAUGUGUAAAAUACACGAGCGAAUAUGGCACAUCGGCCUAUUCCUUCACCGAGCGCCAUAGGCAGGUUCUUAAUGAACUGAAGAGUAGAUUUCACAACUUAAGACCUCAUUGCUUCCCAAGACCGAAGAAUGGCUGCAAAUGUGCUGAAAACGGCAACGAGGUGGCCUACAGUACGGAUGAUGAAUGCCGAAUUAUCAAAGACCAUCAAAGAGGAAAAGAGAUCGAAGAAAAGGCAAGAGAAGGCCACAAGCAGGUCAUCAAUGAAUUGAACAGCAGAUUCAGAGAUUACAGAGAAGAGUGCUUUCCAAGACCGAAAAGUGGCUGUAGGUGUACAGAGCACGGCAAGCAGGUAACCUAUGGCACGGACGCAGAGUGCCGAAAGAAGAAAAAGUAUCAUCGUCAUAAUUAA